UCCUCACAUCACAUCACAUGACCUGUAUCAUCUGGCAGUAAGCAGACCUGUUUUCUCUCUUCUCUCCGUUAAACCCUCAUAUAUCUGGAGCUCCGUGAUGGCUGGCCGCGGGAAACUGAUCGCUGUUAUCGGUGACGAGGACACUUGCACCGGCUUCCUGCUCGGUGGGAUCGGUGAGCUCAACAAGAACCGGAAACCCAAUUUCUUGGUGGUGGAGAAGGACACGAGCAUCACGGAGAUAGAAGAGACCUUCAAGAGCUUCUUGGCUCGUAACGACAUCGGCAUCAUCCUGAUUAACCAGUUCAUAGCCGAGAUGAUCCGCCACGCCAUCGACGGCCACAUGCAGUCGAUCCCGGCGGUGCUGGAGAUCCCGUCCAAAGAGCAUCCGUACGAUGCAUCCAAGGACUCUAUCCUGCGCCGCGCCAAGGGCAUGUUCUCCGCUGAGGACUUCCGAUAAACACAAACCUGCCGUGUGAUUGAUGUAAACGUCCCUGACUCGUUGUUUCUCUGUACAGUGAUGGUAGAUCAGCCGUAUUAAUAACUGAAUAUAUUUAAUUAUACUCUCAUUCCUCUUAUUUGUUGUUCUCUGUGUGAAAAGAUGAAGACAGAACAGGAAGUUGAAAAUGUUUCAGUGUCAUGUGACUGAAAGUUUUCCUUCCUCUGAGCUGAAAAUAUCUACAGCAUGUGUUUUAUUGAGUCAGUUUGUGUUUGUUCCAGAUGUUUUAACUUAUAAAAUUAUAACAGAUGUUGAAGAAAAUAAAUGAUCUUGUUGUUUGUGA